UGGAAACUGGAGAUCGAAGCUACCUCUUCUCCUUUUAGGCCGUAGUGUUCGCAUCUUUUUCUGGUGGAUUCUUACAAGACAAGUGGGUAAUCUCCUAUACACGUGGCAGCACCAUCUCCUAUAUACGUGGCAGCUAUCGGUGGUGUGGAGAGGUGUUGCUUAGAAGCUGGGCAGUAUUGGGUGAUUUCAAAAGGUGCUUAGACAAUGUCGUUUUAGUGGCUCUUUAUCAUUUGCAUUUUAUGCUUGUUUUUUGCGUUUUAGUGCAAGUCGGUGUAGGCCAUUAUAUAAGGCCAGCUUAGAGAACGUUGAGGUAUCUUUUGGAAUUGUGAAGAUUGAACUUAGGAGACUGCCAUCUCGAAUCGGCUUAGGAGACUCACCAUCUUGAAUCGGCUUAUCAAUUCAGUAUAACUAUAGUUCUUCAUUCAUUCAAUCCAUCUCUUCUCUCAUUUCCAUUUUAUCUUCUACAAAUUUCUGUUGAUUUUCCAUAACAAGAACAAGCUUGUUACAAUUGGUAUCAGAGCCCUAGAUCUAAGGGAAAAUUGUUUUGAUCUUGUUCAAAGCCAUAGAUCCAUGGAUCUUCACAACUUUGAUGGAAAGAAUCUUUCGGUUUGGAUGUUCCAGCUUCAACAAUGUUUCAUCUAUUAUAAAACUCCCAACGAUCUUCACAAAUACAUGUUCGCUUCAUAUCACAUGGAAGGUGAGGCUCUCGAUUGGUUGGUCACAAUGGAAUGGGGUGGAAUUUUUACAAUGGAUGCUGAUUGGGAGAAUUUUGUGCGACUCAUUCACCUUCGAUUCGGACAAGAAUCAGGAGGUGGAAGCAUGGGGAAGAAGAAGAAGAUGCACGGUGCCGUUUUGAGCUAGACAAAGACUUCUUCAAAGAUGGCUUAACAAGUUAUGAGGUAAAUUUUUCUUAUUCUGAAGCUGGAGAAAACAAACAAGACCUUGGGAAAUUGGUAACUUAUGAAAGAUGUGCGGAGAAGCUUCAUUACAAAAGGCGGAAUGAGAAUGAGCUAGAAGGAAAACAAGAAAACAAGAGAAUGAGGAAUCCCGAUAUUGAGCUAGAAGAAAAAGAUAAAGAUAAAGACAAGUGGCAUCCGAAUGUUGAGAAUGGAAGAACCUGGAAGCUGCCAUAUGUGAAGAUAGGCUACUACAUGGCAGUUGCAGAAAUAAUGCAUCUUAAAGAAACUUUUACAAAUGGACCAUUAUGCUGGGCUGAGCACAUGUUCCUGGAUAAUGAAACUGGACUGGACCCUUUUGAUACCAGUUGUGGGCAAGGAGCAGUGGAUGAAAUGGUUCCUUCAUCAGAGUCACUUGCAACCAAGGAUUACUCAAAAACUGUGAUUUUUUUCUGAAGCUAGUGAGUUUGAAAAAAAGUUGGAUACUGGAAAUAUAGAAGAAGUUGAAUCAUCUCUACGAGAGAGUAGUUGUUUAAAUUAUGAGGAUGAUGCACAUGUUGUUUUCAUUAAACAUAGAUGGCGUUGGAGAUAUCUUAAGGGUUGGGAAAGAGGCAUUAUGUUGAAGGUUGGGUGUACUGGUUUCAGAGGCAAGUGCCAGUUUCUGGGUUUGACGGGCUCGGUUGUUUUGAGGAGCGGGCAACUGUCGGAUAUCAUAGCACAGCUUCAAGAAUUGCUGAAGGGUGCAAAUGAAGUUGAGGUGCCGCCUUACAAGUAUGACACUCUAGUUCUUGCAGCUCAUAUUCAACAACUGGCUCAAGAGAUUAGAGAGUUUGCUGUGUCCAGUCUGGUAACCAUCUUCAAUGGGGAUUCUACACCAAAUGGGAGUUAUGCAUCUUUCUUGGUGCCUGUUGCUGCACGUGGAACAAUGAGAUAUUGCUACAUGGGGUGGAAGGGUUGGUGGCUUCCUGAUGUGGAAUCAAUUGGGUUUGAUGUUGAAUCAAUCCAGCAAAUGCUAUAUGGGUUGGAAGUAGAGAUCGUAGUGGGUUGGCUCAUUUUCAGACAUUUUAAUCAUGGGAAGCUAAAUUUAGCAGGGGCUGAAACCGUGGUAUGGAAAGCUACCCAUCGACUCUUGUGUAGCUUAAGGUACCGGUGGUGGAAAUUUAGACGCAAGCUGCUACACGCUCAAGCUCUGCCACUGAAUCAAGUCACUGAAGUGUUCCUUGUUCCUCAGUUUAAUGGUGCAGAUCCGGAUCAACCAAGAUUUUCGAAAAAAUGGAAGCAACAACAAGAAAUUGAAAUUACCCGCCAACUGUUCGACGAACUUACUCAACCAAGCAGAUUGGGGUUGAUCGUUCCCAAAUAUGUCGUGGUGCAGAAAUUUCAAGAUAAGGAUGAGCUUUAUCAAGAUGAAGAACGCGUGACAGUUACCCAAAAGAAUGAAGAAUUGAAGUUGCAAGAAGGUAUGACCAUCACAUCUUUGAAGAAUUUCCAAGAUAGUGUUUGGCCUUAUCAAGAUGAAGAGGCGGUGUUUGAUGGAUUGCUGGAACGAGAGUUGGAAUUAAGGAGUGAUAUGGUUCGGGAAUCUUCACAUCAGAGGCUUGACUUGGUUGAUCUUGAUGCACGCAUUCAGCUAGCUUAUCAAAUGAAAGGACUGUUUUUGUGUUUCAAUGGUCUUGUCUUCCCUUGUAAAGGGGCAUCCUUCAUCCAAUUGCACACCUUGUGGGCAAGGUGUUCUAAAGAGGGGGGUAUUGUAAUAGGUGGAUUCUUACAAGACAAGUAGGUCAUCUCCUAUACACGUGGCAGCACCAUCUCCUAUAUAUGUGGCAGCUAUCGGUGGUGUGGAGAGGUGUUGCUUAGAAGCUGGGCAGUAUUGGGUGAUUUCAAAAGGUGCUUAGACAAUGUCGUUUUAGUGGCUCUUUAUCAUUUGCAUUUUAUGCUUGUUUUUUGCGUUUUAGUGCAAGUCGGUGUAGGCCAUUAUAUAAGGCCAGCUUAGAGAACGUUGAGGUAUCUUUUGGAAUUGUGAAGAUUGAACUUAGGAGACUGCCAUCUCGAAUCGGCUUAGGAGACUUGCCUUCUUGAAUUGGCUUAUCAAU